AUGAAGUCAGGAGCGAAAUAUGAAUGGAGAAUUAUUAUCUUUGGUGAAAACAACAAAGGAAGAAUUACACAUGAAAUGAUGCGCUCUUUUGCGGAUGUAUUUCGCGAGAACAGCUCCAAGUCGGGAUUAGAUUUAGUGCAGUCACCGUCUUUUCUAUUUACCAGAAAUGUGGCCAUGGUGCAAAAGGAAGUGGAAGAAUGGUUCAAAGAGUUGGAAUCGGACAAAGAUGGAAUGCUGGUGUUGUUGUUCAAUGAUAGCGACUCAAGUGAAGUGGAGGACAAAAUACAAGGAGCAUGGAGAGAGAAAGUUUUGCUUUAUAUACAAAAGAGCGAUAGUUUGCUUUGCUGUGCACGUGACAAAACUGAAAUAAUAAUGAGCCGUUGGAUUAAAGAAAUUUGUGAGCUGUUAAAUAGAAGAUUUCAAGAAAGUAGUGAAAGCCAAGAAGAACAUGUAAUCAAUGGAAAUUUGCCAUUAUUCGAUUUUGCUGAUAUUGCGAAUAUUUUUGUGGAUCUGCGAAAAUUGGAAAAACCACUGAAAGACUUGGAUUUAGUAAAAUACAUCGAUAGUCCAAGGCUGCAUAAUAGGUUACGUUUUCCGUUCAUCGAGAGAGAGCAGAAUGGCCGACUCCUUGCCAUUCUUUCUGCUGCUUCAUUUACAGAACUUCCAGAUCUCCAAUCUACAGUGGUUAAUUUUGUGGAGAAAAUUCUCAAAUCAGGAUUUAUUUCUUUCAUGCUUUGUGAAAAUGCAUAUUAUAUAUGCAAUGUUACCGGUGAUAACUGCUACAAAACUCUCUUUACUUACCUUCAAGACAUUAUGCAUAUAUUAUACAUAUCAAGGGUUAAUCGAGUACAGGAUUUCGACACUGUAUGCGACGAAUUUUUUAAUUUCAUGGAGUUAAUUCCGGAAAAGUGUUGGUCAGCUAUCGAUGAAGGACUUCAGUUGACAAUUUUCAAAAUGUUACAGAAAUUAACUAUCGACACUCCUAAAUCUUUGGCAGUAGAUCUGCAAAAAGAUCAUGAGUUAAAUAUAGUAGACGACAAUAUGAAAUGUUUUGAUCAUCAAGUAACGCUUGAUCUCACCGAGAGAUGUGAAAUUAAAGGCUGUAAGCCAGCAUAUAUCAAUAAUAACGAUGUAAAACCUCCAGAAGAUUUCCGAACGUUGUCAGUUUAUGCUACCAGUAAUGAUAUACUUCAUCCAGGUCGACCUUACAUUCGAAGAAAUAUCAUCAGAGGGAGUUAUUCAAGUCAAGAACAUUAUCUCGAUGUGCAAUUUCGUCUUAUGCAUGAAGAUUUAGUUGGUCCAUUACGGGACGGCAUAAAGUUAUGGAAAGAACGAAAGGGAAAAGAAGCUUUUUUAUCCUAUAUAAUGGAUGCAAGUGAAGAACUCGAUCUGUUAAUUAUAAGAGGUGUCACUGUGGAAGGCGCACAAUUGAAACGAAGUACAGGAGAAAUUAUUCGUUACGCCAUUUUUCAGCCAAUAAGUGCAGAUAGUCCUUGGAGUUCACGACUGAAAUAUGGACAACUAGUUACCCUGUCAAGCGAUGGAUUUCAAGAUGAAGCAUUACUUGCCACUAUUGCUGAGAGAGAUUCCGAUGAUUUCUCAAACGGAAAAUUGGGAUUAUGUUUCUUGGAUGACCACUCGGUUUCACGAGCCAAAAUUUACACUUUAAUUGAAUCGAGCUCGUAUUAUGAAAUGUAUCAACAUGUCUUGGAAUGCAUAAAGCGUUUUGAUAACGAUCACGAGAUUCCAUUUGGACGUUUUUUAAUGAAAGCUGAAACCGAUGUUCGGCUUCCUUCAUACCUUGUUCAGCAAAUAGGUGGCGAUUCUCACAGUUCCUCUGAUUCUUUGGACACUGAAUAUACCGACUAUAGUGAGUCUGCUUCUUCAAAAAAAACUGGGAUUGCUAAGGAAAUAAACAUUUUUGGAAUAAAAUAUGCAGCGGAUAAAUUGAAAUAUACACUUGACGGAGACAAAGUAGCUUGUGGUUUAGACAAUGCCCAAAGAAAUGCAUUAUGCUACGCUCUUACGCAUGAACUUGCUUUGAUUCAGGGACCUCCGGGUACAGGGAAAACUUUUCUUGGUCGUCUUAUUGUACGCAUUUUGCUGGAAAAUAUGAAUAUGUGGAAUCCAGAGAGAGUAAAUCCGAUAUUAGUCGUAUGCUUUACCAAUUAUGCUCUGGAUCAAUUUUUGGAUGGUGUUUUAGUAGAUUUAAAAGAAAGCGGACUUUAUAGCGAUAAAUUACCUAGUAUUGUCAGGCUUGGUUCGCGCUGUAAAAGUGAAACUUUGCAAAGAUAUACAAAGCGAUUCGUAGUGGAAACACACAUGAAUCUAAUUCCGGACAUAAUAAAGCUUAAGGUGAAUCGAGUAAUAUUGAAAAGAAUUCAUUUAUUAAAAAUGAUUGAGUCUCAAGUUGCCGUCUUAACACUCCGUAGGAGUGAAAUUCUAUCUCUUAAUUAUAUACAACAUGUAAUGUUGCCAGAACAUAUCCAACAGUUUAACAUACAACGAAAGAGCAGUGAAAAAGAAUGUUCAGUGGAUGAAAUAUUCUGCGCAUGGCUUUUGGAGGGUGAUCCAGGUAGAGAAAAUUGUGUCAAUGUGAAAGAUGAUUCAGAUGAAGAAACCAGUGAUUGUGAGGAAAAGAAAUUUUUCGCAAGUGAGAAUCCAAAAAUGUCAGAUUUGUGGUCUAUGGAUGAAAUAUUUAUCGAAGACGAGAGAAAUGAAUGGAAGGAAAAAAUGCUUGGGUCUAUUUCACAGAUGGAUGAGUGGCUAAUUUGGAAAGAACAGAAUUUUCAGGAACUUAAGACUAAUUCAGAUAUAGACGACUAUUAUCAUUCUGGUGAAUGGAAUCUUAAUAAAGAUCCUCAUGCAUUCGCGAUCAAAAAAGUCGCAAUAUUCUCCGAUCAAAAGCACGACAAAUCAAAGCAUCGUACAAAUGCUAAAGUGGAGCUUAUUGCAAGACUAGACAGUGUAAAAGCCGAUAUAUUAAAAAGUUCACCUCUGACAUUAGAAGAAGCCUCAUCAAUUAAAAACCUGCAAACCUUACACAGGCACCGUCGUUGGGCUCUAUAUAUGCACUGGAUCAGUAAACUGAAGAUUGUUGUAACUAAAAAACUAAAUGCGCUGAUACUUAAGUAUCAAACGCUUAUGGAGGACGUCAACAACGCAUACGAUGUUUUGAAUGAAAUCAUUCUACGAAAGGCUUUGAUUAUCGGGGCAACUACAACUUGCGCUGCAAAAAUGAAACCGCUUUUGGAUCGCCUUGGUUGUCCUAUUGUAAUAGUGGAGGAAGCAGCUGAAGUCUUGGAAGCUCAUGUUUUGACAAGCAUUACAAAUAAAUGUCAGCAUGCUAUCUUAAUUGGAGAUCAUCAGCAACUACGUCCAAAUACUGCUGUAUUUACUCUUGCUCGUGAGUACAAUUUGGAUAUAUCUUUGUUUGAAAGGUUGAUCAGAAAUGAUUUCCCGUAUGCAAGACUGGAAGAGCAGCAUCGUAUGGCUACUUCUAUAUCAAAUACUAUUAUGCCAGAAUUUUAUCCGUUGAUGAAAGAUGCCGAUAAUGUUUUGAACUAUCCAAAUGUUGAAGGAUGUCGGAAAAAUUUGUACUUUAUUAAUCAUUGUCAUGAGGAAGAUGUAUCCUUCUCAACUUCGUAUAAAAAUUUAUUUGAAGCCGAUUUUAUGGUCAACUUAUCUGCUUAUUUUUUUCAGCAGGGCUAUGCAUGCUCGCAGAUCACCUUAUUAUGUGCCUACGCAGCUCAGGCAAAUUAUGUCAGGACACAAGUAAUGUUAAAAUUCAACAGUGAAAGUUUACCUUUGGUUGAAACCGUUGAUAAUUAUCAGGGAAAAGAAAAUGAUAUAAUCAUUUUGUCGCUUGUGCGUUCACAACCGAGUAAUGGUGUCGGUUUUCUUGGAGUUUCUAAUCGUGUAUGUGUGGCUUUAUCACGCUCCAAACUUGGUCUUUACAUGAUAGGCAAUAUGCAUUUCCUUAGAUCUAACUCACAUCUCUGGAAUCGGCUAUGUAUUGCUUUGGAAGAUGCUGAUUGUAUUGGCAAUGGCUUUCCGGCAUUUUGUGCAAAACAUGAUGUUACGCAGAUCAUCUACAACGCGGAUGAAUUUCUGACAAAAACUCCUCAAGGCGGUUGCUAUUGUCCUUGUGAUUUUGUACGAUCUUGUGGUCACAUCUGUGGUCAACCUUGUCAUCGAACAGAUCCAGAACACAAGAAAGCUUGUAUUCAUUCUUGUCCAAAAACAUGCUCGACGAUGUUUCGACAUCCUUGUACAAAGUUAUGUGGUGAAUCUUGCGGUGCUUGUGAGUUUUUUGAGAACAAAACUUUCCCAUGCGGUCAUACAACUGGCAUUGUUUGUUAUCUAUUCGAGGAAGCAGUAUGCCAACAGAAAUGUCAGAAAAAACUGCCAUGUGGAUGUAAGUGUGUAAAAAAAUGCAACGAACCUUGCGAAUGUUCACAUGAGGUCUUAUUCAAUUGUGAACAUACCGCUUCUUGUUCUGAAAAACAGAAAGCGAAAUGUGUACUAGAAGUGGAAAAGACAUUUGCUACCUGUAAUCAUGGCUGGACAGUACUAUCUCAUAAUUACGAAGAUGCUCGAUGUGGUGAAAAGUGUGAGCGGAUUUUGUCAUGUGGUCAUCGUUGUCAAUUGCCAUGUGGAAACUGUACAUUAGAUGGAUGUGAUAGUUGUACGUCACUCUGUGGUAACCGACUUCCUUGCGGUCACAACUGUUUACGUACAUGUGGAACACCUUGCGAGCCCUGCAUAGCUCCUUGCUCAAAUCAGUGUGGACAUUCACAUUGUGGUCAACAACUUGGUUUACUUACGGAACAAAGAGCUCGAUGUGCUGAUUUUUGCAAUUUUUGCGUACAGCGUUGUAUGAAUAAUUGCAAGCAUCAGAAAUGUCAAAUGCAAUGCUGGCAAGUAUGCAACAUUAGUCCGUGUAAUUUUUCAUGUGACAAGAAGCUGGAUUGUGGACAUAUUUGUCUCAGUCUAUGCGGCGAAAUUUGUCCAGAUGUUUGUGCUGAAUGCCAGGGAAUAAGUGUUCCUAUCUUGCAGUUUCAAGGAUGCAAAUGUAUUGUUAGUGUUGAGAAGGCCGAUCUCCAUAUACAAGGACAGACAUCAAGAAAGCAACAAUACACAUGUCCAAAAUGCGCUUGCAAACUUCCUGCAAAUGGUUGUUUCCGAUAUGCAAGGGAAUUGAAAGGACAGAUCAUCCACAAUGAAAGAGUCAAAUUCACCGAGCUGUUAACUGAUGGUUCAUUUACCAGCUUACAGCGCGAUGUUUUGAAACAAGUUGAAGGUGAUUUGGUGAAAAUCAUGGAAAUAAAAAAAACGAAAAAAAAUGCUGCUGCAAUAGAAGUAGCCGGAAUAUUACGCCUGGUUAUAACAAGGCUUAAUACAGAGUUCUACAAUUAUUCAGGUGCCAUGAAAUGGCAAACGAUGGUGAACAUGCUUUCUGAUAUGUGCCGAUUGGCUAUGUAUGUUAUCACCGAAAAGUUCACUUCUAUUCCGAAGAAGCACUACUCCAACUUAUAUAAACUGUUCCAUGAUUCUCUUGGAACAACAAAUAACAUUUUCCCCUUGCUGGAAAUGGAUCUUUUCAAUUUAUUAAUGUUUGCGAAGUUAUUAAAAACGGAAUCACCUUCGAUGCUAGAAAUACCAAUAUCAAAUGGGCUACGAAAAGUCUCUAUCAAAUAUAUGCUUGGACGCCUCGCAAAUGAUUGUAUUAGAGAACUAAAAGAUUUGAAUGCGUGCCAACUGAAUGAUUUGCUUGGAAUGACGAUGGAGGCAUUAGAUUGGUCUAGUGAUACAGAGCAGAAAAAAGCAUCUAUUCGAUUUGUACAAUAUUAUCGUGAUCUGUACGAAGUUUUAAAUAUGCAACAUAUGUUGGUCGGUGAUUUGCAGUGCAUAAAUUUUCCUUGUUUGAAACCAUGUGACUAUAAGAUAAGCCUUACAAACGGGGCGUGUUGCAACAUUUUGAGUGGAGGUUGUGAUUUACACGGCAUGGUUCUGUUAACGCUAAUUGCACGUGUAACCGAUGGUCUUAUUCUCGCUACUUCAAUUGAGGGCAGCGACGAGCCGGAUCAUAAUAUGGUAAAAUAUACAAAUCAGGCGAAGAUGCUUUUUCGGAAACUGAAUGACAACAGCCCUACUAUACACACUCUUGAAAGUGGACCUUAUUAUUUUCACUAUGUGAUCAAAAACCCAGUAUGCUCAUUAUGUCUUUGUGAGAAAAAUUUUCCGCGAAAAUCCGCCUUUGCAUAUCUGGAAGAUAUCACCGAUGAAUUUCUUGGUCAGAAUGGCACGCGCAUAGCAUCUGUCACUAGACCGUAUCAUUUCAUUGAGUUUGAUUACUACAUACAGCAGGCAAAAAGAAAAUAUGCAUGCAAGAGUCGUCAUACAAUAUCUGCAGUGAAUAGUGAACUUCAAGACGUAACACGCAUAAUGGUUUCAAAUAUUGAAGAUGUAAUUCAUCGCGGAGAAGCAUUAAAUAGUUUUUUCGCUUUUGUUGCUCGUUACUUAUUCUGGUAA